AUGACACUAAAAGUAGGUAUAACAGGUGGCAUGGGCAGUGGCAAAAGCACGGCAGCAGCCGUAUUUGCCAGUAUGGGCAUACCUGUUUACCAGGCAGAUGAUGCUGCCAAAAGAUUGAUGAAUGAAGAUGCUGCCCUUGUAGCAGCGUUGAAAACAACAUUUGGCGAAGCUGCUUAUACCAACGGCAUGCUGAACCGCAGCUACCUGGCUGCAGCAGUUUUUAACAACCCGGAAAAACUGAACCUGCUGAAUUCAAUUGUCCAUCCUGCCACCAUUGCAGAUGGAGAAAACUGGAUGGCGCAGCAGACCACCGCUUAUGCCAUUAAAGAAGCGGCUAUUAUUUUUGAAAGCGGUUCACAACGCUACCUCGACUAUAUUAUUGGCGUAUAUGCGCCCGCUACUUUGCGCAUUCACCGCAGCAUGAAAAGAGACGGGCUAAGUAAAGAAGAAGUAAAUGCCCGUAUGGACCGGCAAAUGGAUGAUGCCAUUAAAAUGAAGCUCUGCGAUGCCGUUAUUGUGAAUGAUGAUCAGCAGGCGCUUAUUCCGCAGGUCAUGAAAAUACAUGCAAAACUUUUAUUGCUUGCCACAGAAAGACAAAACAACUGA